AAUGUCCAAGUUGUCGCCGUCGAAAUAUAGUCAAAAAAGCAGAAACACCGCGGUGAAGAAUGUCAAUGAAGAGGAGUAUAAACAGGCCAUGGAACGUGAGAAUAAAUAUAGAAACUAUUUGCGCGAAGAGUCUCAAAAGCUGCGUGCCAAAUGGCAAGAGAGUGCAGCAAAUGUGGAAAAGUUGAGAGCAAAUGGCACAAGCUCUGACAAAAUACUGGAGAAAUCCACGAAAAGCGAGAAGAUGUACAAGAAAUUCGCCAAUAUGAGCGCUGAGGAGCGACAAAGGGCGAUUCGCGAGGUGGAGGAGAUUAUUUGGCGUGACACUGCGAAGCCGCGAGAGCUGCAGAGCGCCGCUCUUCUCGGUGAGGUGCUGAAGAUGCAGGCAGAGCAGAGACAGCAGAUGCGCCAGGUGAGAAUGCUGAGUUUGGAGCAGAAGACUCAGACGGCCCGUGAGUUGCUGAUGCAGAGUCAACAGUGGUGCGACCGUCAAAGGCAGAGGACCUUUGAUGAGCGGAAGCGGGCCGCAGAGUAUAAAAAGGACCUCCAGAGACUCAUCGAGGAACGCGAUGCGCUGAGGCGACACGAAAGGGAGCAACAAUUGCGACUUGAGCAGACAAUUGGCAAGAUCAAUGAUAAGGAGUGGACGGAGCAGAAAAACAAGAGUGAGAUGGAUCUCAAGAGAAAGAAGAAUCUUAUUCACAGGCAUGCACUUGAGGCUAUAAAAAUCAAAGACGAUACUUUGAAAAGGGAUCAAAUGCGGGAUUCAAUAGAAGGUAAAAUGAUUCAGUUGUACCACGAAGGACGAAGGCGAAUCACGGAUUUUAUGCAGGAAAAGGCGCAUGAGAAGCAAUCGCGCAGAGACCAACUGAAGGAUAUCAUAUCGGGACAAUUUAUCAACAUUCAGCCAAGAACGGAGCAGAUUGAGGAGGAGCAAAUAAAGCGGGCUCUUGUAGAGCAGGAGGAAGCUUUCCGCGUGAAGGCAGAGAAGGAGAAGGAAGCUGAGCGAAGGCUCAAGCGGGAGCGCUUCCAGGCUCAGCUGGAGGAAAUGGCGUGUCUUCGCGGGCGGAAAGCCGAGGCGCAGAAGGAUCGACGCCUGUCGGUGGAAAACAGACUGGAGAAUUUCCACGUGACGGCGAAGCACCACGAGAUGGCGGUGAAGGAGAGGACGGAAGAGGUUCGGCGGAUGCGUGAAGCUCUGGAGCGCCAAGUGGCGGAGAAGCGGGAGCGGGAGCGGCGGCGGCGGCAGGAGGAAAUUGAUUUCACCAACCGAGUGAUGGUGGAGGAGGCUGAGGUCAAAGAUGCGGCCUUUGGCAAGUUCAGUGAACGCCUCGCGGGGCAAGCGAGGGUCCGCGGGGAGCCAUUGCUGCCCCUGGAGCGGGCCAAAGACGCCUACAACACUCUGCACAGCGUCACAAGACGUCCCAUUCCACCGCAUCUCGUCGACAAUGUGCCGAUAAAUCCGAAAUCCUACACUGGCACCAAUUGGUAG